UUAUUCUUUUUUUUAUUCAGAUAAAUAGCCUACCGGAGUAUGACGUCAGCAGUAACGGACGUUGUAACUGACGCGCUCGAGCGCCGUAUUUAAAUCACGUUAAUACGCACAAUAUUCGCCUUUCAAAUCCAUAUUUGAGUUAUAUAACAUCUUAAGACUGGAAAUAGAUAUAUUUACGUGAUCUGUGUGGUAUUUUCAAUCCCUGUGUGUGUGUUUUAUAAGGUUUUUGAAUGGAGGAGCAGACGGUAAAUCAACUGGACAACCUGUUGCUUCAGUUAGGUAUAGAGACUCGAGAACUUGCUCAGAGGAAGGAUGACCUUAAACAGCAAAUACAAAUUUGCGAGUCCAACAUUCAGGAGAAGAAGGACUACAUCAAGACAACUCACAUUACUAUCAGCAAACUCGAUGGGGAGAUCCAGCAGAAACAAAACACUGUGAGGUUUAUCAAAGAAAACACAAAAAAUCAACAGAGAACAGGACAUAUGCUGCUUCAGUAUGAAAAGACACUGGAAGCUGAGCUAGAGAAGAGACAGGACAGCUAUAAACAAGACAUGAAAAUGUUCCAGGAGAGAAUCGAGAGCUACAGGAACGUGUUUCAGCAGUAUAAGGAGCGAUACUGUCAGAACUCACUGGCUCAAAAACUGCUGAAGAUUCAAGCAGACAAUGAGGAAAUCGAAAGGAGAAUCAGAGUAAUAGAAGAACAAAUAAUGGAGAAAGAGAGAGAACUGACAGCAGCACUAGGUGAGGAGGAGCCAGUCACUGAUGGAGCUGACAGUAAGUGUCCAGACAAUGACGGCAUACAAACUGAAAACACUGAGUCGUUUGAUGAAAUGGUCCCUCAUCAAGAGCCCAUAAUGCAGAGGCCUGAUGAACACGCAGAUGAGCACAUGGCUGCUGAAGAUCCUUCUGAGGAGAAUAAGGAUAAAACUGCAGAAAGUGAAUCUCAAAUGGACACAUUUCACCACAGCUUAUGGACAAAGAGAGAAACUGGAGAAGAUCAAAUGCAAGAAGGCGAUCAGAGUCAGAAUGAACCGCAGGGGAAUGUGAAUGUUUCAUGUGCUCCUGAGCUCAUGGUGGAAAUGUCAGAAGAGGAGGAGGAAGAUCAUUUAGAGGUGACUACAGCAGACUCUCAGGAGGACACAGCGCCUGAGGGUCCCGUCUGCCCUCCUCCCUCACCGGCUAGAAUUCAAGCCACACCGACCACCCCGACCUUCUCCCUAAACAACAGUCCCAGCUGCUCACCUGGACGACAGGAGAUCUCAGACACCAAGUCGCCCGCUUUUGUCUUCUCCAUGAAUUCUGGUCCAAGCACACCUGCGUUCUCUAAGAUGGGCUGUGGCUUUGACAUGGGAUUAGCAGCAGAAGAGGCAUCUCCAUUUACCUUCACAAGCUCCUACUUCAGCGACAAGAAGUCACCAGGAUCAGCACCCAAGUUCUCAGGUUUCCUAUUUGAUGAAGCCGAGAGUCGUCAAGAGGGGUUUUCCUUCUCGUUCGGGACAGAAAGCCCUCAGAAGAGCUCUUCCACACACGACGCUUCAGGUCCUGCUGAUUCCUUUCCCUUUUCAUUCAGCUUUGGAAAAUUAUAACUUCAUAAACAUAGAUCUUAUCCUUAGAUAUGUUCAAUGUCUGUUAGGGUUUGUUGACGUUAUUCUGUACUAUAUGAAGUGAAGAGAAGUGUUUAUGGCAGAUACAUACUGCAUUAUUUACUGCAGAUUUAGUUCACUGCUGCAAUUUUACUUUGCUCAACAUGAUUCAAAACUUAUUUACAGAGGUCAUUUGAAUAUGUUUAUACUACAACACAUGCAU